AGUUAGAAAACAUGCUAACCACGACAAUAACAUCCAUGGCGAGUUGGAGCACGUCCUUUUGAAUGUAAACGGGAAGGAAAUCACAAAUUUGCCGGGAACUGAAAAAGAGUUUGUGUUAAGCGAAUACAGGGAAGAUAUAGGGAAGAAUUAUAAUCGCUCAACACUUUUCAUUGCACUAAAAUCUGCAUAUAUGUACACAGAGAUUUCAAAAUUAAAAAGAAGUUGUGAUGAUAGUGAACCAGAGACAAUCGCAGAUCUUUCUGAUGAGAUGUUUUUAGAAACUGAUGAUACAAUUGGUAUUGAACUCUCACCUUGUCCAUCUUCAAGUCCAUGUGAGCCAUUAACUAGCUUGCAUAUUGCUACAAAUCUCCCAAUGAAUACACCUCCCAUAUAUAACUCCCCAAAGUGCAAGUAACUAUGUAUCACGUAGCAAGGAGCUCAAAUGUGAGUGCCCAACAUGUCAACAAUACUUUUCAAUAGAUGAAAUAGCAGAGCAUGCAGAUAUAUGUUGUGACAUAUGGGUGGGAGUACUUCAAUCUCAAAACACGGAUAGUGAAAAGAACAUUCCCGAAAAAAAUCCUGAUGUGGUGAUAAACCAAGAUAACACUACAAAUGUGAAAGAUAAGUUAUUGGAUAUUAAAGCUGUAACAUUGUCACCAAAGGCAGUAAGAUUAAAUGUUCGUAGAAAACAUAUAUAUGGUGUGACUUCAUUGAGUAUAGAUCAAGUGGUAAAGUGUCACCAACUGACAGUGUAAAGAUAGUGUUUGUUGGAGAGUGUGCAAUUGAUGACAGGGGGCCAAAGAGAGAGUUUUUUCAGAAAUGUUGGAGCAUAUGGAAAGAAGACUGUUCUGUGAUGGAAAACCUAUUAAUUCAACUGUCGCCAUCAUGAAUGGAGAUUUUCGUUUUGCUGGCGAGGUCAUGGUGAUGUCAUUACUUCAAGGCGGACCAGCUCCAUCUUUUAUAAGUCCAGAUGUUUACAAGUACAUCACCAAACAGGCACUCACAACAGAAGGAAUGCCCGACUCCAAGUACAAAGAAGCUGUUAAAAAGAUAAAGCAAGCUUGUGACGAUGAAAUGUUGAGGGAGAUACUUGUCAGCGAUGAUAUGAUUGAAAUGCUAUCAGAGGCUGGAUACACUGGUGUACCACAUAAAGAGACAGUGCAUACUGUUUCCAAAAUUGCUCGGUCAAUUUGCGUAAUGGGCCACUUUUCAUCAGUUCUUCCUCAAAUUAUGCAAGUGGUUGAAGGCCUCAGCAGUUGUGGUCUUAUAAAUUAUAUGAUAGAAAAUCCAGAGUUGUGGAAGCCAUUGUUCGAUCCUUAUAACGAUUCGUUUAAACUUUCUGCUGAUACUUUCCUCAAUGAAAUUAUUCCAACAUUCAGCAGUUCGCAGAUUCACAAGGAAAAGGAGAUUGACGUGUACAAGAUAUUUUGCGACUAUGUGCAAACCCUAGAUACUGAAGGAGACGUAUCCAUAUCAGCGUUUCUGAAGUGGUUAUCGGGAUGUAAGACUAUUCCAGUUCUAGGUUUUCCAAAAAAAUUUUCCGUAACGUUUGUACAUGAUUGCAAAGAAAAUUGUAAAUGUCGCCCCACAACAUCAACAUGCGAUCUUCUGCUGAGAAUUCCAGUUCAUAUAAGUAACAUUAGCGAGAUGGAGGAAAUGAUGACAUCAGCACUUAAUGACUUCGCUGGUUUUGGAUGUAUCUGAAUCAAUGUCCAUACAAUGGUAGCUUGGGAACAUUUUAUAUUUAUGUUGUCAUUGAAAUAUUUUGUUUGUUCCGUUCUAAUUUGCCAGUUUGAAAGAACGUUUCAAGGGACAAGUCUUUAUUGAAAUUUGACUUUUGGUGCAGAAUUUAUAUCAAUAAGAAAGAUGCCUGAUUUUGCUUGCAUCGGUACGCUGCGCAAUAAAAAAAAAAUAUAGAAAACAUACAAUCAUCAUGUAUAGAAAUACAAGAAACAUCUAUACCAUGCAAUAUAAUAGGCAGAAAAUUCAGUUCUCAGAACUUGCAAAUUCAAUAAGUUUCAGAUACAAUUCAAAUGCAUCGGCUGCAUUUGCUGGCAGAUUAAGAUCUUCUUUAUCCAGUACGUAAUUAAAAUAUUCUUUGUAUA